AUUAAUAUUUAAUGUUUGAUGAUUACAUCAUUGAACAACAAAUUCCUAUAUGAAACAUAAUAUCAAUAGCAAAAAUAGCAACGGAUAAUAGACGUGCAAAAUAAAAAUAAAUUCCAGUGUGUUUAAUUAUUCCAGUAAUAAAUAUUAAUUGUUAUUUUAAUUGGCUUAAAUUUUAAUUUUAUGAAUAAAAAAAAGAUAAAUCUCUGUAACUUUAUAUGUAGCUUUAAAUUACCUUUUCACUCUUCCACCUACUACAGUUACAAAUUAGUUUUAAAAAUGGAGUUGAUGAAUUUGCAAAAAGUGAAAUAUAAGUUAAGCAGGCGGUCUACCGAAAACUAGCAAACAUGUAAAGGGGUCUACGAGACAAAAAAGUUUGAGAACCACUGCUCUAGAUAUGUCAGCACUACAGUUAUAGUUGAGGAUAAUAAUGAUCCGUUGUAAUAAAAGGGGAAAAAUAUUGAUUUAUAAAAUUAAACGCUCCAGAAUAUCUCUUCAGAUUAUGUUUCGUCUGACUUUGAGUCAAAGAAUCCUAUCUUUCAACACAAUGGACUUCUGGCAAAAAUAUUCCAAGAAAGUUUUUUUAUUGUGUGGGAGCCUCACCAUGACCUUUGUUUUUAUGCAAAUCACCUGGUUCAAUGUGUACUUUAACAACGGCAUGUACAAAUUUUCAAGAAUAGCUUUCACAGAAGAUGACCUUGAAAGCGAAGAAUUUCAUUGUAUUGACCGACUAGCAUCGAAAUACAGCAGAGUUGAAGAUAUAUUUUGUAUUGUUUUGCCACAGUUCCUACCUCACUUGAAAAAUCCGUGUUUUUAUGACGUGGUCUUGAUGAAGAAAAGAAAACUUCGGUGCUUGCCAUACUUCUAUAUCAUAGGCAUAGACAAGAGCGGGUCCACAGAUCUCCACAGUCGGUUGGUCAAGCAUCCUCUUGUGUACGGGAACACCGGCGUAAUGAAAAAAGAAUCCCAGUAUUGGUGUUGGAAUCGUUACGGCAUUAUGAACAAACGCAAGGGAAAUCCAAAGACCUCAUUCGACUCCUACCUGGAUAUGUUCGAGCAAACAGCGAACUUAAUAGAGGAGAAGAACCAGACGAGUGUAGUUGCAAGUGAUGCAUCUCCGAUGGACAUGUGGGACUUCAGAGGCUGGACAAUGAUUCCCCAGAACGAAGGUUUGCCAGAACCCAAAAUAUUGACACCCCACUUCUUAAAGUACUUGCAUAAAAAACCUCCAAAGCUUAUUAUCCAGCUAAGAGAGCCCAUAGAAAGACUUUAUUCUGACUAUGUUUUCUUGGAAUACGGCAAAGAUCCAAUAGAUUUCCACAGACAUGUUGUUCAGGCUAUUGAGAUGAUGGAAGUAUGUCUUUCUAACCAUUCCAGAAGGUUCUGUUUCUAUGACGCUGAUUUGUAUGAUAAACUUCCAGUUAGGAUCCAUCUGAGCUGUUAUUCUGUGUUUCUGAGAGAAUGGAUGCAAGUUUUCCCUAGAUUUGCAUUCCACAUCAUAAGAACCACAGAAUACACAUCUGAUAUGGAAACCACACUGUCAGGUGUAUUCAAGUUCUUGGAAUUACCGCCACUAUCCCAGAGUAUCAUGCAGGACAUUCUAAACCAGACGAGACGCCACGUGACAGCUGACAAAAAUGGCGUCGUCUUGCCGGAGACGAGGAGGUUACUCCAAAACUUCUACUCGGAAUGCAAUCAAGAAACGGCAACUCUUCUUGAUGAUAAACGAUUUUUGUGGCUUGAUCAUUAGCAUUGAUUGUUGUUCUGUUUUCAACGUUAAGAAUUCUGUUGACAGUAUUUUUAGAGAGUGCAAACUUUAUAUUCGGAAAUUCCCAAUGUCCUUGUCUCUUACAGUAUUAAAAUGCUAUGAAACACUACUUCGUGUAUAGAUCUAGCCGCUGUGUACAUUGAUAGAUCUCGUUAUGGUGAACCGUGAACUCUCACUGAAAGGCAGGAGUUUCCUUGGGAUUUUUGUUUGAUGUAAAUGCCUUUUAGCAUCAUUUUCUUUUAUAGUAACUUACAUAAUGAGAUAAACAACUUAUAAUGAAAUAAUUCAUUUUUCUUUGUUUUGGUUUAGGGCCAUGUAUAUCAAUACUUUCUUACUAAACAGGGCCGCAUAGUCUUCUUCGUCAAUUCCAACAAAUGGUGUCCAAUUUAUAUUUAUUACUAUUGAACUUAAUACUGGACUCUGCAAUGACAGUUCAACUGGGAAAUAUAGAUUUUGACUAAUUAAGACAGACAAUUUUGUUGUUAUUUUGACCAAUGGCAUGUUUUGUAUAUUCUAUUCCAUAUAUUUAUUCUUGUUGAUUUUGUUGUUUUAAUCCUUGCAAUCAAUGACUCAGUUUUUGGCCCAAUCCCAAUGCUAUACAUUUACAAGGAUGUCUGUAUUAUGUUCUUGUUAGAUGAAGACGCCUUGCUUGUUUGUUUCCAUUGACUUUGUUUGUUAGACAUGUUUUGAAUGUUCCUUCCUAGCCCUCAGAAGGGCGGGGUGGGGGGGGGGAUGGCAGCGGACAGGGUAUCAACCCGGGACCAUUGAGACGACCGCACGACCAGGCUGCUGGCUGAUAAAAAAGAAGUACUAAACCUAUGUCUGCAAUACAACAAAUGAUUAAAGCUCUAAAUGGAUGGAUGAUGGACCUAUAUUUUUCGAUAUUUGCACGCUCUGAAGUGCCUAAAUCAUGUAUUCCGUAUUGUGCAACUAAAUUUUGGUUGUAAAACAGAAACUUUAUACAUUAGACAGUUGAAGUUGGGAUGUGAUAUAAGAUGAAGUUAUACGUCUUAUCCUAUGCUCAAUUCACUCUAAACAAUAAUUGAAAUAGGUAAAGUAGUGUCACUCUUUGCCUGACAUCACUUGACCUGUGUAUUUGUCUCUAAGAUGACCAGUGCGCUCUCUGAGUCCCAUCUCUACUUUCUUUACUUUGACUUGCACUCUUUUCACUAUAAGAUUAAAGUCUGGUGUAGAGGCCGGAAGAAAUAAUUGCUGAACAGAGCAUAGGAAACACACCGCUCAGCUAGACCUCCUCCCUGGAUAAGGGAGGCGAUAAUAUAGAUAUAUAUUGCCAAAUCAGGUACAAUAGUACUAGUGCUUAUCUACAUUUUGAAGCGGGCGCUGUGGUCUUCUUAUUUAAGGCGGACCGCUUUCUACUCUGAUUUUGAUGACGUCAUAAAAUUGGCAAUGACACUGUCCUAUAGAGUAAAGUGUGUCUUGAAUGAAAGUCUUUAUCACGGUUUUAGGGCACAAAUAUCUAAUGCUUGAAAUUUUAAACAUUUCUAUCAAAUUCCUCUUAACUUGCUAAUUCUUCUUAUCCGUUUAGUCAUUACUAAUCGCCAUUACGAUCUCAUCGCUAUAAUGAACUGGACAAGAUGUAGGUCUAUAAGGAACGUAAAAUACCUAUGGCGCCAUGUAAAUAACAUUAUUUAUAUUUGUGUGCAAUAAGAAACAUUCCCUCAAAACUGAAUUGACAUUCCUCAAACAAUUUUGUUUUGUUUGACUUACCUUUGUAGUUUAAGUAUAAGAGAUAUGCUUGUGGAUAUUUGAUUGAAUCUGUUUCUGGCUAGUUCUCUGAGGUUUUACAUAAAUGAAUGUCUUAGAAAUGUUUUCUUCUCGAAUGUAUUGCUGUAUAAUUUAUUUCUUUAUUUGUUUCUUAUACGGUAACUGUAACUUUUAAGAUAAUUGUUUUCUUAUCAGUACCUUUGCCACACUUUUGUAAGUUAUAUUAUUGUCAUGCCAGAUUGGGGGGAAAAAAAUCUGCUGUAGUGGAAAUCGUUUUAAUUAUUUUGUAAUUACGCUUUUGUUAGCAAUUAUUUUUUAUUGUAUUUUUGGUGCUGAUUUUUUUAAGCCAUCAUCAUUUUUUUUGCUAUUUAAGUUACUCUCUGGAUUCAUGAAACUAUAUCUCUAAAUCGUCUUAGUUAUUAAAAAGAUUUCGUAGUAAAAAUUUAAGUAUUUUUGAAUAUGUUGAAAGCAUAAUGCUAACGUAAUUCCAGUAAUUACAAACUAAUUUCUACUAACUAUGAUUUCUAAAGUAUGUAUGUAUGCAUACUGUAAUUUAUGAUUUUUAGUUUUAACCAUGACACGUCAUAAUGUUUUUAUUUUUAUGGUAUCGACCUAUUUACAUAUCUCAUACAGACGCUAAGGUUGGCCUGCAUAGAGAAUUGUUAAUGAAAGUUUGUGUUCUUGUAUUUAUGAAGACAAAUUGAAAGUUAAAAGCAUCACAAUGUUUAUUUAUUCCAUAAUGUCUGCUGUGUACCAAAUGUCUUCCUUAUUUAUAACGUAUUCAAUACAUGAAGUAUGUUUUUUUAAA